UCCUUCUACUCCUUCAGCCAACAGUAGCCCAAUUUCCACAGGUACCCUAAUUGGGUAAAUCCAUGGAGUGCCCUGGGGCAUUGGUGGUCUCUACAGGGAGAUUAGAUGUAUGAUUGCCGUGAUAAUGACAUUAGCAUAGUGGGAGCAGGUGAGUCAGAUCAAUAGUGUUCAGAAAGGCUGGAAGCUGCACAUUCAGACACCCGCGAGCUCAGCAAAAACCACCACCAACACCAUCCCCUCUCUCUCUCUCUCUCUCUCUCUCGUUCUCUCUCUUUCUUUAUUUCUGACAGACGCAAAAAAUGGUCGAGUCGGACCAAAACCAAGGCUAAUGGUGCACUGAUGUGGACGCGGCGUCGCAGUGUGUGCGCGGGUGCGCGCGUGCGUGUGUGUAUGUGUGUAUGAAUAAGGUUGAGAGUCGGUGUGUUUUCUCCUCUCACAUCCCUCCGUCCUCCGUUGUGAGCUGAAGACGUGAUCCUCGUCCACAUCACCACAUCGAAGCUUCAUAAAGGAGGGAUUCAGGGCAUCACCACGGUCAGAGCAGAGCUGGGAAAGGAGCCAGGCAUCCAGGAGAUCUCGAGUGACCAUCUCGUGCACAUAUUCGGAUUUAGAGAAACGAGAACUUACUGUAUUUAUUUUAUUUGGACCGAAUUAUCUUUAGAUUUGGAUUUCUCGCUCUUAUUCUAUCCCGUGUGUGUGUGUGUGUGUUUCUGGAUGUCGCUCGCGGACAGGAAGGAGCACACCGGGGGAUGGAGAUGUGUGUUCCCAGUGACAGCUUUGUAAACAUGCUGUUUCUAAACAAACCCCGCGCGCGUUCUUUUGAUUAUUAACCCGUUUAAAAAGCACGUGGAGUCGUUUACUUGUCAGGACUUUGGUGGUUGGUGGGCGACUGGAAAUGAACGCCGUCUCACGUGGAUCGUUCUACUAAGAAGGAAAAAAAGAAAGGAAAGAAAAAAAGGGGUAAAAGCUCAUUUCCGGUGUCUCAAUCAGUAGUGGAGGAUCGAUCGAUUUUCUGUUGAGGGAUGAAAGUAAACGCUCCGGCACUCAUCAAGCCUGGACUGCGUCUCCGUUAAAGACCCCGAGAAAAACUUGGUGAUCUCGUUUUUUUGUUGUUGUCGUCUUUCCCCCCUGCUCACGCGCGUCCCGAGUCCCGUGUCCGCGCACCAGCUAUGGAUCUCCGAGGCGAAAACGACGACGACAACGUGGAAUGCGAGCGACCGGCGCCCAUCGAAGUUUUCGCGAGCAGGUCCACGCUGCACGGCAUCGCCCACAUGUUCACCUACGAGCGGCUGUGCGUGCGCCGCUGCCUGUGGAUCAUCUUCUUCGCAGGCUCGCUCUCGUUCCUCGUGUUCGUGUGCGCCGACCGCGUGCGCUUCUACCUGCAGUACCCGCACGUGACCAAGCUGGACGAGAUCGCGACCCCACUGAUGACCUUCCCAGCCGUGACCUUCUGCAACCUCAACUCCUUCCGCUUCAGCCGCGUCACGCGCAAUGACCUGUACCAUGCGGGAGAGCUGCUCGCGCUGCUCAAUGGCAGAUAUGAGAUUCGGGACACUCACCUGGUAGAGGAGAGCGUUCUGGAGACCCUGAGAGUCAAAGCUGAUUUCCUGACCUUCAAACCGCGUCCCUUUAACAUGCGGGAGUUCUACGAUCGAACGGGCCACGACAUCAAGGAGAUGCUGCUGUCCUGCUACUACCGUGGGGAAAAAUGCAGCGCAGAAGACUUUAAAGUGAUCUUUACUCGGUAUGGCAAAUGCUACACAUUCAACUCUGGCCAGGAUGGACAGCCACUUCGCAUCACAACGAAAGGGGGCAUGGGCAACGGUCUGGAACUAAUGCUGGACAUUCAACAGGAUGAGUACCUGCCAGUGUGGGGAGAGACAGAUGAGACGUCUUUUGAAGCCGGCAUCAAAGUACAGAUCCACACCCAGGAUGAGCCACCUUUCAUUGAUCAACUGGGAUUCGGAGUGGCGCCAGGCUUUCAGACGUUCGUGUCCUGCCAGGAGCAGAGGUUGACCUACCUGCCCUCUCCAUGGGGUGACUGCAGGUCCGAGCCUAUUGACUCAGACUUCUUCACCACCUACAGCAUCACAGCGUGCCGCAUCGACUGUGAGACGCGCUACCUGGUUGAGAACUGUAACUGUCGCAUGGUGCACAUGCCCGGAGACGCUCCAUACUGCACACCGGAACAGUAUAAAGAGUGUGCGGAUCCGGCUUUGGAUUUCCUGGUGGAGAGAGACAAUGAUUACUGUGUUUGUGAUACACCCUGCAACAUGACACGCUACGGCAAAGAACUGUCGUUCGUCAAGAUCCCCAGCAAGGCCUCAGCCAAAUACCUGGCCAAGAAGUACAACAAGACAGAGCAGUACAUUUCGGAUAACAUCUUGGUUCUGGAUAUCUUCUUCGAGGCGUUGAACUAUGAGACUAUCGAGCAGAAAAAGGCCUACGAGCUGCCUGGUUUACUAGGUGAUAUUGGUGGUCAGAUGGGUCUUUUUAUUGGAGCCAGUAUUCUGACAAUUUUGGAGCUCUUUGACUAUCUUUAUGAGGUGAUCAAGUACAAGCUGUGCCACUGCAGGAAGAAGAGCCACAAACGCAGCAACAACAACGACCGAGGGGCCGUGCUGAGCCUGGACAACGUGCAGUGCCAUCCUCCAUGUGAAAACCUUCGCACUCCCUCCACAUAUCCGGCUAACAUCCUACCUCACCAUCCAGGGCAGGGCAAUUUCGAGGACUUCACCUGCUGAGUGAGUGAGAGAGGAGCUGGUAGCAUUGGACUCCAGCUCGCAGUGUACAACCAAAGCCGUCUGACUACAUCCUCACGUGCACCCACCCCAUCCCGGACAACACCCAAUCGAUUUUGGCUGGAUGUUUUAACACAUCGCAUUGUGUCAUCUACAGUAAAAAAUAAAAUAAAAUAAGCCCAAACGUUGAACACUGACUCCAAGAAAAUACUGUAGUGCACACUCACGUGUGUACUUUUGAACGAUUUUCUGAACACUGCCUCAACUGGGAACUCCUUCUUUGACAAAAGCACGGACAGGCUUCAUGUGGCCGGAGUCCCCUGCCUUUUCUGUAUAUAACAGCGGCUAUACACCGUUCUUAGACUGAGUGGCUUAAUUAGAUUGUUAGAAAUACUAUAGUGCUUAAUCCAUGUAGCAGCAUUCGUGGUGACCGAUGGACUCCAAUGAUGUUCCACUCACAAUCAGUGUCUCGUUUAAGAAUGUAUUUUUUUCCAACUGACAGGAACUGAUCAGAGGUUGGUGGUGAAGAAAAGCUGCGUUCAGCAGUCUCUGUUGUCCCAUCCAGCUCUCAUGUCGUGACUGCAUGCUUAUAUUCGUCUUCCUGUGCAUGUUUUCAGUUUUUUUUGUAACCAUUCUUAUUAUUGCCAAGUUUGCCUCGAUUAUAUACAGGUGUGUGUGGUGUGUGGGGUGUGAUUAUGAGUGUGUGUGUGUGUCUUGUUUGGGUGUCUUAACCCUACAAUUGUCUGUAUGUGUGAUAUGAUUUGUGUGUGUCCUCUGCCUGAGGCGUGUAAGCUUGAUAUGAUAUGAUAUGAUAUGUGUAUGAUAAUGACAUGAUCCGUGUGGGUGUGUGUAUGAGUGAGAGUGUGUGUGUCCGACGCUUAUCAGUGAAUUAUUCUCUCUGUUUCGAUUUCGUGAGAUUAUUAUUCCUUUUUUUCCAGAACUGUCGCCGUUUCAAACAUCAUAUCGAAGCACAAGACCACCAUUAUGUACAAACUGAUAAAAAAGAAAAGGCUGGGUCAUGUUCUUUCAGAGACUCUGAUCAUCAUGAUCAUCAGAAUCGUUAAAGCUCUAUUAUUCCGAUUUUUGUUUUUCUACAACAAAAGAAAAAAAAACUAGUAGACAUGUUGCCUGAUAGUCCAGUCACCAUCUUUACAGAUACUAGACUGUUCUAUUUAUCUAUGAAGGUAUAAUAAAUAUCAUUGAGAGUUUUA